AGUAAUCGGCAUCCGUAUUCCGUCCAGUCGAGUUCGGAACCCGACAACUGAGGUUAGCUCCACGUUCAGGAAGAGAGAACCGUGAGAAAUUAUACCCUAAAUGGCACAUAGACUAGUCGUAACAACCGGCAAUUUCUUGAAAAGCGCCUGCAAUCCCUUCUCGAUGGCCGCUAGAUCCUCCAGUUCGUGGUGGUCUCAUGUUGAAAUGGGACCACCAGAUGCAAUUUUGGGAGUUACCGAGGCAUACAAGAGAGAUCAGAAUCCGAAAAAGGUCAAUUUGGGUGCUGGCGCUUAUAGGGACGAUAAUGGCAAGCCGUAUGUUCUUCCGAGUGUUCGUAAGGCAGAAGAAAAAAUACGAAUUAAAGAAAUGGACAAGGAAUAUUCCACAAUCGCUGGCAAUCCCGACUUUUGCCAGCACAGUAUUAAUCUAGCUCUUGGAGAGGGAAAUGAAGUUGUCGCUAAUGGAUUGAAUGCAACAGUUCAAGGAAUUUCUGGUACUGGCUCUCUGUUUGUUGGAGCACAAUUUCUGUCUCAUCAUUUCCCUGGCAAUAAGGUCAUUUAUCUACCAACUCCUACCUGGGGAAAUCACAACACUCUGUUUAAACUUGCCGGACUUACGGUCAAGUCUUACCGCUAUUAUGAUCCAAAAACGUGUGGUUUGGAUUUCAAAGGAGUAAUGGAAGAUAUAUCUAAUAUUCCUGAGAAAUCAAUUAUCCUUCUACAUGCAUGUGCUCACAAUCCUACUGGUGUUGAUCCCAAACCGGAACAAUGGGGAGAAUUGUCUAUUCUGAUUAAGAAGAAGAAUCUGUUCCCAUUCUUUGAUAUGGCAUAUCAAGGUUUUGCCUCAGGAGAUUGUACAAAAGAUGCUUAUGCAGUCAGACUGUUCGUUAAAGAAGGUCACAAAAUUGCUUUAGCUCAAUCCUAUGCAAAGAAUAUGGGUCUUUAUGGUGAACGCGUUGGAGCGUUCAGUUUAGUGACGUCUAGUAAAGAUGAGGCUGCACGCACUCUGUCACAACUAAAAAUUCUGAUCAGGCCAAUGUAUUCAAACCCGCCGAUUAAUGGAGCCCGUAUAGUUCAUGAAAUCCUCAAUGAUUCUGAAUUGCGAAAAGAAUGGCUACGCGAUGUGAAGGGUAUGGCCGAUCGCAUCAUUUCGGUUCGCACAAAGCUACGCGAUAAUCUGAAGAAGAAUGGCAGUACACGUGACUGGAGUCACAUCACCGAUCAGAUUGGAAUGUUCUGUUAUACUGGUCUAAAGCCGGACGAGGUAGAAAAACUUACUAAGGACUUCAGCAUUUACCUGACCAAGGACGGUCGUAUUUCCAUGGCCGGUGUAACGUCGAAGAAUGUAGAAUAUGUGGCACAUGCAAUGCACGAAGUUACCAAGUAAAUUAUCAAACAUGCUACCAUUUCAUCCUGAAGCCCUGCCAAUGUCCAAUAAUAAUAUAUAGCGCACACAAUUUAUUUUAUUGUAUACGAAUUGAGCAGUUGAAAGUAACAAUCAAGAUUAUAGAAUCGAGAUCAUAGAUAAAUAUAUAGGAAACCACACAGCAUGGAUAUAAAAUGAUGUUCAUGGAAGUUCAAUAUUUAUGAUUCAUUAGAUAUACCAAAUAUUUAAAUACUUUUUAAAUAUUCGCGAAUAACAAUCUGUUUGCUGUUGUGCAAAGUUAUUUUGUACAAUGGCAAAUAAUGAGUUGUACAUACAAUAUGAUAUAUACACGUAUAUGAAGUCACUGAUUAAAAUUUAAUAAAAAUUUUAU